AUGGACGUCCGCCUGUACCCCUCGGCACCCGCGGUGGGCGCGCGGCCCGGGGCCGAGCCGGCCGGCCUGGCGCACCUGGACUACUACCACUGCGGCAAGUUUGAUGGUGACAGUGCCUACGUGGGGAUGAGUGACGGGAACCCAGAGCUGCUAUCGACCAGCCAGACCUACAACAGCCAGAGCGAGAGCAACGAAGACUAUGAGAUCCCCCCGAUAACACCUCCCAACCUCCCUGAGCCAUCCCUCCUGCACCUGGGGGACCACGAAGCUGGCUACCACUCACUGUGUCACAGCCUCACACCCAACGGACUGCUCCCUGCCUACUCCUACCAGGCCAUGGACCUCCCAGCCAUCAUGGUGUCCAACAUGCUGGCCCAGGACAGCCACCUGCUAUCGGGCCAGCUGCCCACGAUCCAGGAGAUGGUCCACUCGGAGGUCGCCGCCUAUGACUCGGGCCGGCCGGGGCCCCUGCUGGGCCGCCCAGCGAUGCUGGCCAGCCACAUGAGCGCCCUCAGCCAGUCCCAGCUCAUCUCUCAGAUGGGCAUCCGGAGUGGCAUCGCCCACAGCUCCCCGUCACCCCCAGGGAGCAAGUCAGCCACGCCCUCCCCCUCCAGUUCAACUCAGGAGGAGGAAUCAGAAGCGCAUCUUAAGAUGUCAGGAGAGAAGAGACCUUCAACUGACCCAGGAAAAAAGACCAAGAACCCAAAGAAGAAGAAGAAGAAGGACCCCAACGAGCCGCAGAAACCUGUGUCAGCCUAUGCGCUCUUCUUCAGAGACACUCAGGCUGCCAUCAAGGGACAGAACCCCAGUGCCACCUUCGGGGAUGUGUCCAAAAUUGUGGCCUCCAUGUGGGACAGCUUGGGAGAGGAGCAGAAGCAGGCCUAUAAGAGAAAGACCGAAGCGGCAAAGAAGGAGUAUCUGAAGGCUCUGGCGGCCUACAGGGCUAGCCUCGUCUCCAAGAGCUCCCCAGAGCAGGGUGAGACCAAGGGCACUCAGGCGAACCCGCCGGCCAAAAUGCUGCCACCCAAGCAGCCCAUGUAUGCCAUGCCGGGCCUGGCCUCCUUCCUGACGCCAUCGGACCUGCAGGCCUUCCGCAGCGGGGCCUCUCCGGCCAGCCUGGCCCGGACGCUGGGCUCCAAAUCCCUGCUGCCAGGCCUCAGCGCAUCCCCGCCGCCGCCACCCUCCUUCCCGCUCAGCCCCCCACUGCACCAGCAGCUGCCCCUGCCACCCCACGCCCAGGGCGCUCUCCUCAGUCCGCCUGUCAGCAUGUCUCCAGCCCCCCAGGCUCCGGUCCUGCCCACUCCCAUGGCACUGCAGGUGCAGCUGGCUCUGAGCCCCUCACCUCCAGGGCCUCAGGACUUCCCUCACAUCUCCGAGUUCCCCAGCGGUUCGGGACCCCGCUCACCUGGCCCGUCCAACCCCCCGAGCAGCAGCGGGGACUGGGACAGCAGUUACCCCAGCGCGGAGUGUGGCGUCAGCACGUGCAGCCUGCUCCCCAGGGAUAAGUCGCUCUACCUCACCUAAUCCCGCCUCCCCUGUCCUCCCUGAGGCUUGCUGGAGGGGCACCGCUCAGCGCCUGAAGGGCCCACAGCAGGAGGGAAGCCCGGGCAGGAAGCAGGAUGACCGGGAAGAGAGCAGUGACAC